UGUAUUUUUACUCGAGUAAAACAAAAGAUUUGUAGGAGAAUAUCGAAAAAGGGUGAGAUAUUGUAAUAUAUUAUUGUUGUUGUACUUUCCUCCGUUUUCUGGAGAGCCGAAGAAGUCCGGAGAGGAAGUAUGUUGGGAACUAAUUUACAGUUCGGGCGUGUACGUGGCGAGGAUCGGUUUUACAUGACUGUGAAGGCCAGAAGGAAUCAGAACCAAAUGCAGAAAAAACAAGCAGCAGCAAAAAGUGGCGAAAAUGAGAGUGUAUCACCGGAAAACACCAAAGACUGUGUCGUGAAGCCUUCAAUUUCAAGUGACGUUUCAGUACCUGAACCAUCUGUAGUCUCUGUUAGUAACCUUGAUAGAUUCUUGAAAUUCACCACGCCUUCCGUACCGGCUCAAUAUUUAUCUAAGACCGCAGUGAGAAGUUGGAGAACUUGCGGUGAAGAGUUUCAGCCUUACUUCACAUUGGGUGAUCUGUGGGAGUCCUUUAAGGAAUGGAGUGUCUAUGGGGCUGGAGUGCCUCUGGUACUUGAUCAGAGUGAUUCUGUUAUUCAAUACUAUGUCCCUUAUCUGUCAGGAAUCCAAUUGUACGGUGAAUCUACUCAGUCAGCCACUAUGUCAAGAGGAACAAGAGAUGGCGAAGAAGAUGAUCUUUGUGAGCUUGUGGUGCAUUCAAACUUUUCCAUCUGACAGACCAUCCAUGACUAAGGUUGUGGAAAUGCUGGCAGGUAGCCUAGAAAACUUGCAAGCUCCACCGAAACCUCCAACGUUUUCUGCAACUAUGUCACCAUCCAAGCAUAGUCCCCUGCAACAUCACCAAUGUAAACUUGAAUCACAGGAAGAAGCCAACAGUGAGCCGAGCUACAUGUGAAAUACACUUAAGUUUGUAUAACAAUUAUCUGUCGAACAUUACAGACAUUCUGAUCCAGAAUACAAACAAUUCUAGCAUAUAAUCUAA